AUGGUGAGAUCAUUCUUCUGUGGACAUGAACUACCUAGGUAUAUCACUUGUACCAAUUUAGUUUUGUUACCUAAGAACAAAGAAAUCAACACUUCUUCUGAUAUGAGGCCUAUUAGUUUGAGUAAUUUCACAAGUAAUGUGUUCUCAAGUUUGGUACAGUUUCUACCUAGUAUUAUCUCACCUCAACAAUCUGGCUUUGUUAAAUGUAGAAGUUUUGUAGAGCAUAUUAUUUUGGUCCAGGAAAUUGUACAUGAUAUUAGAAUUAGAGGAAAGCCUGCUAAUGUGGUCAUCAAGCUUGACAUGGCUAAGUCUUAUGACAGGAUCUUCAAGAAGGGUAAAGCAAGGGGAUCCACUAUCUCCUAUUCUUUUUAUACUAGGCUGGCCGAAUGUUUGUCUGGCCACGAACGAUACCCGUUCAAUGAAGUUAACUACAAGAAGUAUGUGAUGCCAAAUGGAGUCCGUAUCGAUCAUUUUGGCAUAUCUUUGAUGACACUGCUUAUUAUCUUUACUUCUGCUAAUGAGGACUAUUUAAGGUUGGUUGUGGAGACUCUAACUAACUAUGACAAGGUCAGUGGCCAGAGGGUUAAUAAACAUAAAAUGCGCUUUUAUAUGCAUCACUUGACCUCACAGAACAUUAAGGCGGUGGUGCAUAAUGUUACUAAAAUCCCAGAAAAAGAAUUUCAUUUUACUUACUUGGGAGUGCCAGUUUAUUAUGGGAGGAGAAUGAAUAUUCAUUAUAAGGAGAUGAUUGAAAAAAUUCAGAAUAGACUUAGCUCAUGGACUGGAAAGUUUUUAUCUAUUGGGGAGAGAAUAACACUGAUCAAGCAUGUUUUACAAAGUGUGACCAUCCACUUGCUAUCAGCCUGUGAUCCUCCUCAUAGAGUACUUGCACAGAUACACAGGUUGUUUGCAAAGUUUUUUUUUGGAGCAACUCAGUUGGUAAUUCAAGCAAGCAUUGGGCAACCUGGAAAACUUUUAUGUCAUCCAACAGAGGAAGGGGGUAUGGGAUUUAGAAGUCUACAAAAUAUGUCUAAAUCCUUGUUUAUAAAACUUUGGUGGAACAUGAGGACUAAAUAG